UAGUUUUGCAUAAGACGAAAGAUGGAAUGUGGUGGUUUCCAAAGGAUAGAUUUUCCUUAACUUUGGUUGUAAAAUCUUGCUUAUUUGUGUUCUUCAUGAUUUUAAGUUGGUAUGGCUGUGGAUGACGUUCGUCCAAUUACUUCUCACAGCAACAUGUUGGAUAUUAAACUGGAGCGACAGUUGUCGGAAUCGAGCCAACAAAAGGGUACCAUCCACAGUGGCCAUUUCAUGGUUAGCAGGGUGCAUGAUGUAAACAACGAGGACGACGACGAAGAGGUUGCAUCUCCCUUCAGCGAGGACACCAAAGGCUUCGACUUUCUGAGCGCAAGCAAGGAGACAUCGAAAACAUAUGACUUUGGAAAUGGCAGCCAGUCAAUCAUCGAUGCGUCUCUGACAAAGUUAUUUGAAUGCAUGACCCUUGCUUACAGAUAUUUAUCAGCGACAUCCUAUCGUGUGCCAGUUUGCUACUCCAUUAUGGGACCACAUUCAUUCAAAACCAGAGGCUGUUGUUCUGGAAGGCAAAUACUGGAAAAGGAGACUGGACACAGUCACAGCAGAGUACAAGAAAUGGCGCAGAUACUUCAAAGAGCGCAUCAGCCAGAAGCAGGGCAUCAAUUACAAGGAGAUGAACAACCUUGCCGAGUGGGAGCUCCUGGAGCGGGUAAAAGAUGUGACCUUUAUCCCCCAUAGUUCAGGAGACCAGAUGUCGAGCACGGACCUGAACCUACCGCAGGCUGAUGUGAUGGACAUGGAUUUCCCCAAUGAUCUGUUUCCCUUCCUGAAUCAGCCCUUUGCCUUCCCAAACCCCAGGGAGCUCAGUCAGCUUGGCUGUGCUGACCUAAUUCAGCCCGGACUGGUUCAGCUACAGCCUAACCUGGAGGAGUAUAUGGAUAUUGACUCCAUGCAAGAGCUGUUUAAUGCAAGAAUUCCCUCAUCGUCAUUUAUGAGUGACACGAGUCCCAGUAUUGAGAUGACUUCGUCCACAAUGCAGGGUCCAAGCAUUACAGACUCGCAGGAGUUGUCUCUGGUAGACUUCAUGUCCAGCUCACCGGGGCUGGUUCCAAGAGUGGUUUCCACUGCCGCAGACAGCGGUGUGUUUGCCAGCACCCCUUCCCUCACCUCAGCCACAGUCACACAGAUGCAGCAGCAACAGCAGCUUCAACAGCAACAGCAGCAGCAGCAGCAACAACAGCAGCAGCAGCCGCCACAGAGUAUCACUUUUCACCUGGCGCCGAACUCAUCGGGUCAGUACCCUGUGGACUCGGCCACUAUCCUCCUGGAGCCUCCCAGUGACGGGGCCACUGGUUCAGGCAUGGUUGUGUCCCCACCGACCUUCACCAUAGUGCCAAACUCCUCAGGGCUCUACCCGAACUUUCUGGGCCCCAGUGCCCUCAGUCUCACCACCAACCCGCCCAAGCCUGCAGCACCAGCACCUGUAGUGUCUGUGGACAGUAGUGGUGGGGGCAGGAACAUUACAGCUCUCACGCAAGACUUGCUGGCCCAAAUGCUGCAACAGCAGCAGCGACAACAGCAACAGCAGCAGCAAGGUCUGUCCGCGUCCACCACACAAAAACAUCAUCAACAACAGCAACAGCAGCAGCAGCAACAACACGCAGCCCAGGUUUCGUCUCAGCCCAUUCAGUUGUCUCUCAGUCCCUCACCCGUGCAGCGUCAGCCUCACCAGCAGCUGGAGCAGAGAGAUUUCUCGGUCCCCUUGUUGUCGCCCACAGCGCAGUCCCAUCAGACUCUCACCUCGCAGCUCCACCAGCCCCAGGCCGUGGUUAGGCCCACUCUGCAGAUGCGGAAUCUUGUGACCAAGGGGAAUAAACUUGCCAAGCAAAGUGCAGCUGCGGUGAAUAACAGCUCGGCCAGUGGGGUCAUGUCGGGACUCGCCAAGCUAGCCGAGUCCAACAAGAAAAAGGAUGGGCCUUUUGCUGUGCCAGCUAAACCUGUGAUAGUCCCGAGAAAGAAUCGAAUGAUAGCCCCUGCUCCGAGCACAACGCCACUACAGCAGAAUGUCGUUGCGCCCUCUCCUUCCUCCCAAGCUUCCUAUCUGGCUGAAUUGUUGAAAAAUGGCACGUACCGUGGCGCUCUGAUCAAUGUGAAGAAAGAGCCAGUGGUGGCCUCCAGCCCAAUCAAGACAACCACUAACUACCAACACAUCCAGCCAUCACCGUUGCCCUUACCGCAGCAGCAGCAGCAACAGCAGCAGCAGCAGCAGAUCUCCAGUUUGGUGACCAUCGCCUCAGCCAGCCCUGUCCACUCCACUCUUCCCUCUCUCUUAGCCAGACCCUCCCAGUCUUCUGUUGAAGUGCCGUCGAGUAUUAGUCAAGGUGUGUGUGGGGUAGUGCUGUCCUCACCCCUCUCUGGUGUUGACCUUAAUCCUUCCCAAGAUCUCAAGGUUUCACCACUUAGAUUUGCUCAGUCCCCUGACAACAAAGUUUCCCUCGGAGGCUCCCCAGUCAGUUUGUUACCCAAAAGUCCAGGCAUGAGCCCGGAAGUGAAGCGGUCACCUUCUCCUCUCAUGGACACCAGCUCGCUGCUGGACUCGUCCACAGGCUCCCCCCUCUCCUCCGUCAUGCCUAUGUCGCCGUCAGCCAUGGGAGGAGCAGACUCUCCGGGUUCAAGUGACGGCCUCUAUCCGAAGGGUAACAGACGAGCGGCUCAUCUGUCUGCUGAGCAGAAAAGGAGAUGCAACCUGAAGACUGGAUUUGAUAUGCUUCAGCAGCUGGUCCCCUCACUGUCUCAAAAUCCAAAAGUCAGCAAAGCAACUAUGUUGCAAAAAACUGCUGAAUAUUGUAAAAAGCUAAAAGCAGAAAGAUCACAGAUGCAGAAGGAGGCUGCUAUUCUAAAACAGGAGAUUGAAGCUUUGAAUUCAGCCAUCAGUAACGUACAGUCGCAACUUCCAGAAACUGGAGUUCCAGUGACUAGACAACGAAAGGACCAGAUGAAGGAAAUGUUUGACGAGUACAUCCGUGUUCGCACGAAAGACAACUGGAAGUUUUGGAUUUUUUCAGUGAUCAUGAAUUCGCUGUACGAUUCGUACUGCAACACGGUGUCUACGGCCAGCCUGGAGGAGAUGUGUCGGACCUCGCUCACCUGGCUGGACCAGUCGUGCUCCCUUGUCUCUCUGAGGCCGAAUGUUCUGAAUGCACUGCGACGUCUGAGCACCACAACUAGUAUCCUUACAGAGCCGCAGAAAGUCAAGGAGCAAGCUCUGCAGGCGGUGACCAAGUCUCAGGGGAAAACUCAGGGAAACUCCCUCCCGAGAUAGUGGGGGAUAUUGGCUUAUUUUGAGACGAUGGAGACCGUCCAAGAUAAUAGCUCAGUGCGAGGUAGUGGCUUUUCAUUUUUGAAGGAAUGUACCCACAGCCAGCCCCCUUGGGGUUCUCGUGGAACAUCCCAAGGGCCCCUGUUUUACUGCCAUGUGCUUCUGCUUAGCGUUGUGAAAAGAGAGAUGAACCUUGGUUCCGGGUUCCGUGAGUCCAAUAGAUAUGGAAGAAAGUCGGAGCUUUACUUCCUUUGGUUCCACACAGUGAGGCAGGGGAACAAGCCCAUAAGACUCCCGCUAUGAACAGUGAAAUGAUUUGAGCUGCUUUGUAGGACAAAGUCCUUGCCAGAUGUGGAAUUCCUUUCUGUGAUUGAUUCUGUGACGGGAUAGACAAAAAGAGAACAGAUCCAGAAUUUUUGAGGAUUAGAUAUGGGAGCACGGAAAGUCAAAGCUCCACUAGAAGUGCUGGAGUGACAGCGGUACUCACCAGCAUCUGUUGUGGAAUGGAAAGGUUACUCACCACAGCACUCAAAGAUGUGAGUUUGAUUCCCACCUGGGGAAGAAUAUAUCGAAUGUCUGUGUCUUUCUGUUUGGAGGCUGUUUCCCCACUGCCCUGGUGGCCUUGACAAGCAGCUGUGAACUUUCCCGCCUAUUCAAUGAUUGAAAUUGGGUCGAUGGGAAUGUAAAAUCGAUCACUGUAAGACUAUACACUUGGAUAAAGGCAACGGUCUCACAGGGGUUAUUGUGGGUCCGUUAUUUUUUUUUUGGAUGUGAAAGUGUUCGACAUGACUUCCAGUUCCACCUGUGCAUUUCAUUCUUAUAUUGGAGGUGAUUUGGUAUAGAGCAAAAGAAAUGGAUUGUGUCAAAGAUUAGCUUAUGUGAAAAGGAAAAGCUAUUUGUGCAAGUUGUGUUGAAGUUGAGGGUUAUUAUUGCUUGUCAAAAAAGUGGCCCGUGUUUUAACUAAACCUAGAUAUUUGGCUGUAUGAAUAAGCUUCCAAAGGAUCCCAACCUUAAAUGUUUAUCAAGCUGAAGCGAGCUAGCAAUAGAUGACACCUUAGUUAAAAACACUUUGAUUUACUCAGCUUAAACAACGUGCUUCAAGGUGAAAAAGUCCUGAUGUUUGUUUGGUUUUUUGGGUUUUUUUAGGUUGUUGUUGCUUUAUUUUGUGCUGGUCUUACAAGCAAUAUUAUGGUAUAAAUGAAAGGCAGCAAGUUAAAACUCUGCUGAUUGCAUUGUGUCUAAAAUGAUCAGUCAGGGGAAUUCACAUUGUCCAAGUGUUUGUUAUUUUUAAGUGGCAAUUUUUUUCAGACAGUGAAAGUAGAAGAUGCGAUUUGGGGUUGAAUCCCUCAAUCAACCUGAUACUUGAAUUGAUACCCUAAAUAUUUCUCCCUCUCUUUUCCUCUCCUAUUCCUUUCCUUUCCAUGAUUUCCGUAUUUGUAGCUCUAAGUUGUGGGUGUUUCUGACUUGUGUUCUCCUCCAGUCAGCUAUUAACGUGCAGAAAGUUGCAGGAUUUGGACAGACAGGACAUGGGUGGGUCAACAGUCGACUCAUGACAUUUGGACUGUGACUGCCUUGGUUUUUUGUUAAGUUUGUUGGUCAUUCUUUGUUUUUUAGUCCACUGUGUGAGCUAAGAGGUCUGCUAAAACUGAAGGUAACUGCUGGUGGAAGCUUGUAAUUAUUCUGUUAUGAGUUUUUACUCUGGGACUUUUUAAAAAGACUUUCACUUUUGUUGUUUUUGGUAUUAUUGUGUCUGUGGGAAUUUUAGUGAUUUGUACAGUUCAUGAAGAAAAAAAAGCUCAAAAUUUGUGACUCUGAGCAACAGCAUGCAGGUGCAUUGCCUUUACAUGCAAUUUGUGUUACAUGUUCAUCAUUGAGAUGGCGAAGUGAUGCAGUGUUGUCAGUUUUAGCCGUGCUUUAAGUGCUAAAGAACAAUUUUUUUGAAGAUUCUUCCCUUUUUGUGCGUUUUAUCUUUAUGUAGUUUCAAUACUCAGGCUUAAAAUUAAAACAAAGCCAUAUCCUUCAGCUUUUGUUUUAUGGAUGAUUUAGAGAAGAUGUUUGCUUUUGCCAGACCCAUGGAGAAGAGUCAUUUUUAGUAUGAUGUUGAUGAAAGGGAGUAUGACAAGUGAUGAAAAUGAAUGUCAUGUGGUUAUGUCCUCCCAAGAGAUGAGUGGUUGCAGGUUCUAAUGUGACGUAGAUUUGCAGAACUGCACAUUUGCAGCCUGAUUAAGUAUUCCUGCCACACUGUCUCACGCAAAUGCUUGCACAGCACUAUAUAUUGUUGUCCUGAGAUUCAUGCUUUAAACAGUUGCUGAAAAGUGGAAGAAGAAUGUAACAAGUUUUUCACAAGUGCUCUGGGGAGCAACACUGCCCUGUUGAAUAGAGUCUUUAUAUGUGAAGUUCAGAUUAGAAUUGUUGUGCACGGUUUUAUUAUAAGUUUCAAUAUGGUUAUAAUAAUGAGCUCCACAUUACUCGUGCAAAUAAAGUCAACAUGAACAUGGAUCACAUAUUGCGUAUUCAUGGCACCAAAUUAUACUCCGCUCCAGCAUAUUUUUUUCCCCACCCCCCCAGCACUUAUCUCUGCAUGUUGUUAGAUUUCACCAGUUCUCUCUGAAGGAGGAUAAUUUGUUUAAAAAUUCUGUUAAUUGAUUUUGCAUUUACAAACAAAUGAAAUAUUGUUGUUAGUCCUGAAACAUGGGAGCGGAGAGUUCUGUCCUGUCAAGUGUUCAGCUUUUAUGAGGCUCUGAUCCACAGCCCUGUUUCCAUUUUGAAUCUUUUUAUUACUUCAGGCAUUAUGGUCUAUGAUUUUUUUUUAAUGUUCAGAUUUUAGUUUUACUUCAUACUUGCAGAAAGACUUGGUCUGUUUCUGUUAACAGUUUGGGAAUGGUGUGACUGUAGCAAUGGUCCUCAUGCAUUACAAAUAAAGUGUUGGAUUCCUGUAUAAAGGCUGAUAUCGAUAGCUCUCCACUUUCCAUCGUUUGCAUGACUCACUGUCAAUGGUGUUGAAAAUUGUUUUUCUUUGUUUGCAACUCAUAUCAUGUUCUGGUAUUCAGUGUUGGCCACAUGUUCACUGUUUUCACACAGGACAGCUACCACCUUCCAGUUUUCUAUUCCAACCUGAGACUGGGCUACCCCCAUAAGUCAGCUGAUACGGGCCAUUCCAUUUAAACGGAAACUGCUGCGGAAACACUUGUAACACAGGGGUGAUGAAUGAAAGACCUACUGAUAAAAAAAUCUAAGCCAUGAUAGAGCCAUUCUUUUCUUUCUUAGAUUUCUUUUUCUUUCUUUUUUUAGUUUGAGGAAGGUUGUCUCUUAAAAGAAAAGAAAUAAAAAGAACAAAUAACUCUAUUCGUUUUUAAAUUUUUCAGCAGGUCAUCAUCCCUUGGUAUGUGUGUUCCCCGUUUCAUGGAAUGGCCCCGCAACACUACUUGUAUAGCAAGAACUGCUUUUCACUGGAUCUUUUUCAGACUUCCUUGUUGUGCUGAACGCCUGGUGUUAUCAAUAUUAGUAAAUCACAGGUGUCAGACUCAAGGGGUGCACACCAGGGAACAAUUAUAAUAUAUCUAGCCUGCAGAAGGAUUUUAGAAAGUCCACCCUGAGAAUUUCCGUAACACAGAACCUUACUCCAAACUUAAAUCAACUUGUUGCCAA